AUGGCGCUGUUAACGCCGCUCUUGGCUUUCCUGUACCACCUGCCGCAGGUGUAUAAGUGGCUGCUGAAGCCUUAUUAUGUGGCUUCUCUCUUCAUGUGUGUAGCCUUUUUAGCUGUCCGCAAGACGCCUGGAAUCUGCGACCAUCUGUCCUCACAGCGAGAGGACGGCAACCCCUGCGACUUCGACUGGAGAGAGGUGGAGAUCCUCAUGUUCCUGAGUGCUAUUGUCAUGAUGAAGAACAGACGAGCAAUUACGGUGGAGCAGCAUGUCGGCAACAUCAUCCUAUUCAGUAAAGUGGCCAACGUCAUCCUGUUCUUCAGACUGGACUUCAGGCUGGGACUGCUCUACCUGGUUCUCUGCAUAGUGUUUUUAAUGACCUGCAAGCCGCCUCUUUAUAUGGGACCAGAGUACAUCAAAUACUUCAGCGACAAAACCAUUGACGAUGAGCUGGAGAGAGACAGUCGUGUGACAUGGAUUGUGGAAUUUUUUGCCAAUUGGUCCCCAGAGUGCCAGUCCUUUGCUUCUAUCUACGCUGACCUCUCACUCAAGUAUAACUGUGCUGCUCUUAAGUUUGGAAAGGUGGACAUUGGACGCUAUGGAGAGGUUUCCAAGAAGUACAAAGUGUCUGCAUCUCCACUGUCCAAGCAGCUCCCCUCAUUAGUCUUAUUCCAAGGUGGGAAAGAGGUGAUGCGGCGCCCUCAAGUGGACAAAAAGGGCAGAGCUGUGUCCUGGAGCUUCACCGAGGAAAAUAUAAUCCGUGAGUUCAACCUGAACGAACUGUACCAGAAAUCCAAGAAGCUCAACAAGAUGAAAAAUGAUCUCAACGACCAGGUUGGUACGCGGCAGUUCCCAGCAGUCCCAGAGGAGCCGGAGCCACAAGGAGGAGUCACCCAGGAGGAGGAAUCUGAAUCCAAGAAGGACAAAUAGCUGUCAGAUUGGACGCGUGGAUGUAAUGUUUGGCUCCGUGUUGGCCACUCCUCUUCAGCCUUGUGAACAGGAUGGGUGUCACUCAGAUUCCACAGUAUUUAGAGCUUUUCCCCAGUGGAACGAUGGCAGGUCAAACCUAAAACAGCCCUCAGACCAGCUUCAGAGAGUUCAGUCCACAGAAAGCUGGGACACUCCUGAUCGAGAUGUGCUCCACCUAUAUUAACAUUUCAUAGACACUGAUGUUUUUCACGUUAUUAGAGGUUAAAAUAUUUUCCUUCUCUUAUUCCCAACAUCAUUUAACACAUUUCUUUAAAACUAAGUCGACACGUGAUGAUCGCCUGCUUCAUCCGUACAGUGACCUCUGUGACCUUUACUGAACAAAGCCAAUGUGUUACUUAAGUAG